AUGGGAAGUGUUACUAAGGUUUCUUUUGAUAUUUGUCCAUCAUGGAACCAGGGAACGAGGUGCAACCUAAGACAAGUCGGAAGGAUGCGAACCUCAAUCAUUUCUCCUGACUGUCGGAUUCUAUCUUUUAUCACAUCUAUUCGUUUUUGCCCACCUGAGAUGUUGCCUGAAGAAGAACAAGAAGAAAAAGGAGUAGGACGGGUUCAAGAAUGUGGUAGAGAGGUUCCUGGUCCAAUGUUUGAAUGUACUGGCAGCGGCAAUAGAAAGGACGAUUUCCUGUCGAUGGCAGGAAAAUUCAUCAGACAGCGCUUUAUAGAAAACUUAAAUAUACAGAGAUUCCAAUUGUACAUUGACUUCCCUAAGAUGGGCUCACUGGCUCGAAGAUUGGAUAUAUGGAUUGAUUAUGCAAUGAUGAGGGCUGUGCCGGAGCUUGUUCUUCGCAUUGACUGCUUAACCAGUGAUACACAUGUUGGUCAUCGCAUUAAAGCUUUAUCAAGUCGUCAAAGGCUCCAUUAUGCUAUACCUCAAUUUGCUGUUGAAACUAGCUGCUUUGAUGAUAAGUCUCUAUUGGAAAUGUUUCUCCUUGGAUGCCCACUGGUUGAGUAUGUGAAAAUAUCAUGCUGCAAUUGGAUGGACAAACUUCUCUCUGUCUCGAACUUACCUGAAUUGAAGCAUUUUGAGUGUUUGUUCUGUGAUAUGGUUGAUAUUAUUCAAAUCAAUGCAGUUAAGCUUCGUACUUUCUCGUUUGCGACAUUGAAGGAAGUCAAAGAACUUUGGCCAAUGACCAUUGACUGGACAGCCUGUGCUACAGCACUAAAGGAGUUGAAAAUAUAUGCGAAUGGUGCCGCUGACAUUGAUAUGUUAGAGACACCGAUAUCUCAGCUUCGCUUUCUUGAAACAUUGGAUAUACGCGGCUGCAAAAGUUAUACAGGUUUCAAGAUCGCAAACCAAACUUUUAAGAGAUUGAUCUUUAGAGAUUGUAGUCACAUGUCAGCUACUCAACUUGAUGCUCCAAAGUUAGAGUUGUUUGAAUUCAACAACUGCGAUAAACCUUUUCUUCCUUGCAAUGCCUCAAAUAAACUUCAGAUUAACUUUAGUUUGUUCUUUAGAGGACAUUCAAUUGAGUGGCUUUUGCGAUUGAAGUAUUUUCUCAGGACGUUAAAGCAUUGGGAAGAUUUGAAACUGAUCGUCUAUCCUGAACAUCAAGUACUACACUUCUUUCUUAACCACUUAGCUAAGGUUUUAUGA